AAAUUUGUUGUAUAACAUGAUGUUUGGAUGCUUAAUGUGCAAAAUCAUAACCUAAUUUAGUGUUUAAUAGGUUUUUCCUUAAUCCCUCCUUAUUAUCUAAGAUAUUCGCUUAUCCAAGCUUCUGCCGGCCCGUUUAGCUUGGAUAAGUGAGACUCUACUGUAGUUCCAGAGCAGAAUAACCGGAAUAACAGAUGGGUUAUUUCUAUGGUAUAGUCAAGGUAAAGGUUUUACCGACAUUAAGUCCAGUUGUGUCUGACUCCGAGAGUUGGUGCUCAUCUCUAUUUCUAAACUGAAGAGCCGGCAUUGUCCGUAGACGCCUCCAAGGUCAUGUGGCUGGCAUCACUGCAUGGAGUGCUGUUACCUUCCCACCGGUGUAGUAUCUAUUGAUCUACUCACAUUUGUAUGUUUUCGAACUGCUGGGUUGGAAGAUGUUGGGACUAACAGUGGGAGCUAACCCUCAAACCACCGACCUCCAGAGUUGGACAUUACUAUACUUAACGUCAGAGGAAAAACCUUUACCUUUAUCAUUUAUCACUUGAACUUUGCAGAGUAAACACAGAGUGCGCAGGGUAACGUCUGUUUACUCCCCCUGCUACUUCCUCCCAUGUAUGGCACAUUUAAACUUUCCCUGAGAAGUGAAAGGAGCAAAUUUUUAUUUUGCUCAGAUGUAUUGGAUUGGGGAAAUUGAGAUGACCCGUUGAAAGAAGGGAAGUGGAAAAACCCGUGAAAAUCUCGGAGAGUUCCUUCUUUUGAGCACCAUGACUGAGCUGGAGCAAUUAGAUGUCUUUCACGACAACAGUCGCCAUGACAGCAAAAGCCACUGGACGUUGUUUACUCUGCUGAUAACAAUGAUCCACAAGUCCCGUAAGUUCCAAGUAAUGUGCCACCUUCCCCUGCCACAUAGCAUACAUGUUAAUUGUCUGAAAAAUAGUAGAUAUGGAAGAAGAACCAAGAGGAAUGGAUGGAAGAUACUUGGAGUACUAACUGUAUUUGGAGUGAUGGUGUGGUAUACGAUAUCCCGGGAAGAAAGGUACAUGCAGCUUUUUGAUUUUCAUAUUAUGCAAGAUGAAAGAAUGACUUGUCCUCUGGGAGAAGUGGAAAAGAAAGCUGCUCAGCUCAUAGCAAAUUAUACACGGGACCAUCCACUGUUUUUACAGCUAAAGGACUACUUCUGGGUAAGGACGCCUUCACCCUACGAAUUGCCAUAUGGGACCAAGGGAGCUGAGGAAAUACUUCUGCGGCUUUUGGCUGUCACAAGUUACUCUCUUCCAGAAAGUGUACAAAGUUUGAAGUGCCGGAAAUGUGCAGUUGUAGGGAAUGGACACCGGCUCCGAAACAGCUCUAUGGGAGACGUAAUUAACAAAUACGAUGUUGUGAUCAGGCUGAACAAUGCUCCUGUCCAUGGUUAUGAACAUGAUGUGGGCUCCAAGACCACUAUGCGGCUCUUCUACCCAGAGUCGGCGCACUUUAACCCCAAAACUGAAAAUAACCCAAACACGUUGCUGGUGCUGGUGGCAUUCAAACCCAUGGAUUUCCUGUGGAUGGAGACAAUUCUCCAUGAUAAAAAGAGAAUUCGGAAGGGCUUCUGGAAACAGCCUCCCUUAAUCUGGGAUGCAAAUCCGGAGCAAGUGAGAAUCCUGAAUCCAUAUUUUAUGGAAGUUACGGCUGCUAAAUUACUUAAUAUACCUAUGAAGCAGCUGAGAAAGUUUAAACAGAAACCAACUACGGGCUUGGUGGCUAUCACGUUAGCCUUGCACUUCUGUGAUAUGGUCGACAUUGCAGGCUUUGGAUACCCAGACUCUGCCAACAAGAAGCAAUCUAUUCACUACUAUGAGCAAAUCACCGUAAAGUCUAUGGCUACGUCAGGGCACAAUGUUUCGCAUGAAGCAUCAGCAAUAAAAAAGAUGCUUGUAAUGGGACUCAUCAAGAACCUCACUUACUUCUGAUGGAACAUGGAGAUCCACUUUCCCUCCCUGAGCUGGCUGAUACACCAACGGGAGCCUCUUGUUGCUGUCUCUUCUCACUCAUAUUGACUGAGACCAGCAGUGUUGCUCAAAGGACAUGCAGGCUGGAGUAGAAGCUUGUAUUAGGUGCAUCAGCCACAAGGGAAAUACGUAGAUGGUCCUGGAAAGAGGAGGACAUGGGUGACAAAGGGAGGCAGGAGCCCUGAGCUGUUGGUGUCCUUCAUCUGACCCAUUGCAAGAUUCUCUUGCCUUCACAUAAAGGCUUUUAGGAAAUAACGCCUUGUCAUCUUCACUAGUGGCAAAGUUGUACUUUUACGGUGACCAAAGCCAGUUCUCAAGAAUGAUACACCACAGACUUUCCUACAGAAGUCACAUCAUCUCUGCUAUCACUGUUGCCUUUCCACUCUGAGAGAUGGCUGUUUACCAUUCUUUAUAACUGGGUCUGAGUUGCCUGAUGAAGUGAUUGGCAACUGCAUUGAGAAUCAUGAGGUGGUGUCAAUCUUUGCUUUCCUGCUGUCAUGAAGAUGAUGUAAAGUGUUUUGGUUCGAAUCCCCUAUGCAGUAAAAGAAUCUAGGAUGGCCAAGAGAGAAAGAUGUGAAGGAUGACCGGAGUUGGUGAGACUGAUCAUAUUUAUCUCCAGUCCAUUUGUUACGUUUCUGCAGACUGCAGCAGAAGAGGACAAUGCCCUUCAGUAUUUCUUAAGAUUUUUAAUUUUUUUUAACUGAAAACAUUUGAGGUGAACUGAAUGUUUGUUUGUUUUCCAGUAAUGAAAGUAAUUCUCCUUCUGUGAAGGAUGUAUCUGUAUGUAUUUAAUGACUCUCUUUCUCUGUCCGUUAUUCCAAAUCUGUUUUUCAAUAUAAACUUCAGGCUUCUUUCCUCCAACAUAUGAGCAUUACUUCCCUGCAGGAACAGGAUUACAAUACAAAGGGAGGAAGAGCACAGACACUUGCCUUCUCCUUAGUCGGUCCAUUGAUCUGACUAACCCAGAAGUGCUGAUGCUGACCGGAAGGAGCUUUCCAGGGUUUGGGGAAGUAAGCUCUCCUUAGCGUAUCUGUAGUUGGUAGAGAAUGGACCUGGGUUUUCCUACAGGUAAAAGAAAUGCUGGACCAUCAAGUGGAGAAGUGUCCAUUGUAGAGCAAGAUAAUUGAAAUAAUGUUUCUCACUAAUCAGACCCGAGAUGGCACAGCCCUUUUGCCUGCCUCUCCCAGUAUAUAUCAAAGAAGUAUUUUUGCCAUUAUCACUCACAGCUGUUUUUAGGGCUUUAAAGUGGGAUGAAUAUGAAGUACGUUGCUUCUAUAUAAUAGGCAGGGUAAGGGGGAGUUGGUCCAGAUAUUUCAGAAAUGUGUUCCAGGUUGGAUGUAUCUGCCCGGCCUGGGCAUAAGGUCAAUGAUCGCGUGAAGUUGUUUGGAAUAUAUCUUGUUUUGGGUAGGAUGCAAUGACGACGUUCCUACAUUGCUUCAGUGUAGCGUAAAUAUCUGCUGGCAGAGAUACGUUACACAGUUGUGAUACUGAAUAGCAACAUGACACAAUGUAUGUGGUUCAGUGGUUAAAUCUCAUGGCUGACAGCCUAUGGCAUAAUUGCAAAGUAUAGAGAAAUAACAUUUGCCCCAUUCUGGCUCCACAGUGGUCUCAUGUGUACAACCUGGCUUACAUUGACUGUUGUCUAAAAGAGUCUGUCUACAUUCAUAGUGCAACUUACGUUUACAUAUGCCACUAACAAGAUGCCAAACAAUAUGUUAAUUUGCCCCUUAUUAUUUCGGUUUUGGGAUCAAGGUGUAUUGAUGUUCCUUAAAUUAUGUCCCCCUGUUCCUCGUUUAAGGUCUGAAUUGACUACUGGAGAAUCUGGAACCUUCUUCUCAAGGGAAAGAAAACAGAGUGAUGAAAUAACUUGCAUGUACACCAUCACUGUACCUUUCAUGAGCAGCCAACGUGCCUUAGCCAGGAUUGCAAAUGCCCAACUUUCUGGGCCUUGCCAGGAAACACUACCUCCAAUGGCUUAGGCCAUCGCCUCUGUUGUCCGGAAGGUGGUUGAUUGAAGAGGGUUGCCCAUAGUUUGAUCUGUGAGAAUAUCAUGAAAAUCCAGCCUGUUCUGUGUAGGUAACGAGAAAAAGAGCUUGACAUUUGAUUCCCAAAGGAUUUUUACUUCCACAAGGAAUAUUGAAAGUGUUUUUCCUGGUUAAAUGAUACUGCGGUUCAGUGUUAAGUAAUUUAAUAAAUUUAAUUUAAAGCUAUCCUUAUGAAUCAUAAAUAUAUGUUUUGGAAAAUAAAGUUGUUCAUUUCAGAUGGA